CCGUCUUCCUGUAAGGAAGUUGAUCCUCUAAUAAACCGAUCGAGGGAAUCAAACACUUUCUUUAUUUAUCUAAAAAAAGGUAUAAAUCAGGAAAUUUUCUGGCCUUGGAAAAUAUUGUAUCAAUGGAUUUCUCAGAUGAAGUUCUGCAGAUGUACGCAGAAAUCAAGGAGAAUUCAACAUAUGAUUACAUGAUCUGCAAGUUUAAUAAUGGUCGACUGGUCAUUGAACACAUAGAAAAAGUGGAAAACGAUAAAUCAGACAGAAAUUACUCGUACGAAGAAUUUACAAAGAAGUUAAAGGGAAAGCAAACAUUUCGUUAUGGGUUUGCCACUUUUGAUUGGAUUGAAAACGAAGACAUCUCUAGAAAGACAGUAGGGGUUUUAUGGAAGUCACAGGUACCUACAGAAUUUGGAGGACGCUAUAUUGAAACCCUGAAAUUCGUUUUACAUGCAGAUUUAUGCAUAGAAACCUCCAGUGGGUUGGAGCUUCGCAGUUCAAGUAUAAAAUGGUCUUUGGAACGAGAUAGACGAAUGGAUAUUGAAGAUGAAGUAUUGCAAAUGUAUUAUGAUAUCACAAUCAAUGGGAGAUAUGAUUACAUGAUAUGCAAGAUCAAUAAUAAUCGACUGGUCAUUGAACAUAUCAAACAGUCGUCAAACACAGACCCAGACAGAUCAGAUACAUAUGAAGAUUUCAAAAAGAAAAUAACAGAGAAACAGAGUUUUAGAUAUGGGUUCGCCACAUUGAAUUUGACAGUUGACGGAGAAGUUUGCAAAAAGACAGUUGGUAUCGCCUGGUAAGUUUAAUCAAUUUUAUUUCAUACAGAAAUGUUUCAGCAAACAUGCAUGAUUUG